CUCCAAAUUUACCACGCCCGAAGCGUUUCUAAAUGAGCUGCCGCCGGUUCGAUCUGAAACCAGUUCUGCAACUUUGCCACCCACCUGCAAUAUCACAGAGAAAUAGCAACAGCAGGAUCACGCCAUUCCGAUACAAGCAUGGCGUACAAAUUAGCGCACAUCCUGACCAUAGUUUCCAGUCUAAUCUUCCAUCUGAGCAUCUUCAGGUGGAUAGCCGCACCUGUGAUGAAGAGGAUAUCUUCUACUUUUGGGAAAUUGACCCAGAAGAAACAGGUGGUCAUAACAAACAGUGUGAUGUCCUUGGUCCACAGUGUGGUUGUUGGAGGCAUGGGUAUGAUUCACCUGCUGUGAGGUAUACAGGGUGCAUAUUCCUUGGAUACACGGUGGCCGAUCUCUUGGUAAUGGCAACACAUCCUGCUCAGUACGAUUUUAUGAUGUUGGUUCAUCAUUUGAUGAGCGUAUUUGGAAUAGUGGCUGGUACAGUGGUUCCCGUACUGCCAUACUGCAGCAACCUCGUUUUCCUGCAGGAACUCUCCACUCCUUUCGUGAACUUGAGGAUCAUCUUGUACGAAUUGGGACAGAAGACGUCGCUUCUCUACAAGCUGAACGGAGUGCUGAUGUUGGUGGUGUUUUUCUCCUGUCGUCUCGCUACCAUUCCUCUGUGGUUCCAGCUGUCUCCACUGAUGGAGACAGGAGAGCUGUACACAGUCGGCACCGCACUACUCAUAACUAUCUUCGGCUGUAUGCCCGUGGUCUCUGUGUUUAAUCUCUACUGGUUUAGCAAGAUGUGUAAAGGCGCCUACCGUAUAUUGAGCCGAGGUUAAACUGGCCUUUUUUUCUGUAACACUUCUCUUGUUCUAGCAAGGAACUAGAAGUUCGGCUUCUUCUCACUUGUUUGCAGUAAGAAAGAAAGUUUCGACACCCAAUAGUGCUGCAUCGUUUGUUAAUCUGAGCUAUUGUAUAUUGUGGCAAGCGAUAUUUUUCUACGACAAUUUAUUUCAUGGACUAGGAAAAUCUAUUUCCACCGUUACGUUCACAUGUUUGCAGUAAAAUUGGUGAUAACAACGAUGCUGCAUUGUUUGAAGAAAUAAUGUGAAGAUAAUCAAAUAAAUAUAAGAAGGAUAA